UGCCAUUUGUUUGACACCAAGAGGAAAGUAAACGGCGGUGGGCAGUUAUCGACGGAAACAUCAACAAAUACACGCAUUAGGAAAUCCAAAAAAAGUAAUUCUAACAAAACGACAAUCGGAAAAAAUCCAAAGAGUCUCGACCUCAGUCUUCCUUCAAUGGUUGAUAACAGAGAAUCUUCGGCUCCGAUGAUCGAUUCUGAUCCCGACGAGGAUACUCCCAAGUCCCCUCCAUCUUCUCCCAGUUCAUCCACUCGCAAGGCUUGCUAUGCUGUUCUCCAAAGUUGGGUCUCAAAGAAGUUCAUGACUGGAUGUGUGGUUCUGUUUCCUGUUGCCAUUACAUUCUUCAUCACAUGGUGGUUUGUCCAGUUUGUCGAUAGCUUCUUCAGCCCGUUAUAUGCCAGGCUUGGCAUACACAUAUUUGGUCUUGGAUUUGUUUCAUCUUUGAUAUUUAUAUUUUUUAUUGGUCUAUUUGCUUCAUCAUGGAUGGGUGCCACUGUGUUUUGGCUAGGAGAGUGGUUUAUAAAAAAGAUGCCCUUUGUAAAGCACAUUUAUUCAGCUUCAAAACAAAUUAGUGCAGCUAUUUCUCCAGACCAAAGUACCACAGCAUUCAAGGAAGUGGCCAUAAUACGGCAUCCAAGAAUUGGUGAAUAUGCAAUUGGCUUUAUUACCUCAUCCGUUGUUCUUCAGAUCAACGGAUAUGAAGAGUUAUGCAGUGUUUAUGUUCCCACAAAUCAUCUUUACAUCGGUGACGUUUUUCUUAUAAAAUCUGAAGACAUCAUACGACCAAAUUUAUCUAUCCGAGAAGCCAUAGAAAUCAUAGUUUCGGUAGGGAUGACGAUGCCGCAGGAAAUUUCUCCUGUUGAAAGAAAAAGGAUUCCACAUCAAAAUGAUAUGAUCCCGUUCAAUAGAAUGGCUUCCAUUUGAAAGGUUAUACAUCAAGCAUUUACUAACUAGUCUUACCUUGCACAUAACUUAACUAGUUACUUUAGGACAUCUUCACAACCCAUUGUCUGUACCGGCAUAUAUGAAUUUUCCAUACUUAUACAUGACCACGUAUAUAAAGUGAAUAUCUACUUGAAAAGGAAGAACAUUAAACGUUGUAAUGUUAAAAGGGGGAAAUUGAGCUUCUAACCUUGGUAAAUAGUACAAACUUUAUUUCA